AUGGGUGCCGCUCCAGUAAGUGCGGUUGGUGGUGUGGGUGUCGGGGUGGUGGGGGGAGCGGAUCCGCCCCCAACAUCGGCUUCCUCGCCUCCGCCGGCUCCGCCGGCCCCGUCUCCAGCUCCUGUGUCGCCUGAAGGGUGUGGGCCUGUGCCCCCUGUGGGUGAGGCUGAUGUUUUUCCGGAUCGUGUGUUGCCCGGUGACUUACGGCCGGCUGUGGGCUCUACUGGGAUGCCUCCUGCUGGGGGCGACAGUUCGGAUGAUCAGAGGUCUCUGUCCAAGCGUUCCCGGAGGGCUAGGAGUGUGUCGCCCCCUCGUGGGUGGGCUGCAGAGUGUGAAGUUGUGGAUGAUGAUGUGAUGGAGGGGCCUGUGCGGCCUCCUGUGGCGCCUAUGGCACCUGCUGCUGGUGCCUCCCCUCCUUGGGAGGUUGCCCCUAGUGAUCGUGACCUCGUGGUGGUCCUCACGAAAACUGUGCGCCGGGAGGCCUCUGAUCCUGUGCCCGGUGGUAGGGGCCCUGGUAGGUGUGUGUUCCCUGUGGUUUCCCCUGGAGUGAAGAACCGUGUGGCUAUCAGUACGAACCUCUGUGGCUACCCUUGUCCGUCCCCUGGUGCUCGAAACCCUCGUGCUGCACCCUUUCCUGUGGUACCGGCCAAUGGGGUCCCGCUCGAUGCGUUGCAGGCUUUGGAACUUACUGUGGAUAGCUGGGUGUAUCCGGCGCCGUGGUGCCCCUAUACUAUUUGGGUACCGAGGGUGCAGUGUUUUGUUUAUGGGGUGCCGGAGCUGAUGCCUCAGCCUUGUGCGUCGCCUGGUAGACCGGUGUCUGAUGAUGUCAAGCUCGUUUGGGAGGCGUACUGCUUGCGGUUUCCGAAGAGGGAGUUUCCCGAUAAAUAUGCGUAG